AUGGCAGAGCGCGGAGGGCGUGGACGCGAGGAGGCGGGGCAACCUGGAUGGAGCCGGCAACAGGAGGCUGAGGGAGGCGGCCAAGGCAGAGGCGGUACGAAAGGAGAUGUCCCUCGCGUCCCCGCUGGAAGCAGGAUGAAUCUCAUAUCUAUGGCGGCAGAGCCCGAGCUGAAAUGGGUAGCCCUGUGGGUCCGAGUCAGGUGGGCAGCUGUGCUCGUGCUGCUGCUGGGCUCCCUCCUGCUGCUGCUGCUGCCACUGCCUGCCGUGGAGGAAAAGUGCCAUGCGGUGCUCAGGGGGCUCUCCUUUCUGAGGAGUAAGCUGGGCACCGGCUAUACGGGCGUUACCAGGUACACGGGGCAAAGUACCGGGCUGAGUGUCACCUCGCAGGGGCUGGAGCUGCUGGUGCUGAAGGGCAAGGCCUCCCCAGAAGUGAAGUUAGAAGCCAAAGCAGCUCUGAACCAAGCCCUUGAAAUGAAGCGCCAAGGAAAGCGAGAAAAAGCGCACAAACUCUUUGUAUAUGCGCUCAAAAUGGACCCUGAUUACGUGGAUGCCCUGAAUGAAUUUGGCAUUUUUUCUGAAGAGGAAAAAGACAUUCUUCAAGCAGACUAUUUGUACUCCAAAGCACUAACCCUCUCUCCCUGCAAUGAAAAGGCUUUGAUCAAUCGGGACCGGACGUUGCCUUUAGUUGAAGAAAUUGAUCAGAGGUAUUUUAGCAUUAUUGACAGCAAGGUUAAAAAAGUGAUGGCGAUCCCCAAAGGCAAUUCUGCCCUGCGCCGAGUGAUGGAGGAGUCCUACUAUCACCACAUCUACCACACGGUUGCUAUUGAAGGGAACACUCUGACGCUGUCAGAAAUACGACACAUCAUCGAGACCAGAUACGCUGUUCCUGGAAAAAGUUUAGUGGAGCAGAAUGAGGUGAUUGGCAUGCAUGCAGCUUUGAAAUAUGUCAAUACCACUCUGGUCUCACGAAUAGGCUCCGUUACCAUCACUGACAUCCUGGAGAUACACCGGAGAGUGCUGGGCUACGCUGACCCCGUGGAGGCGGGGCGGUUCAGGACUACGCAGGUGUUUGUGGGGCACCACAUACCCCCACACCCCCAGGACGUUGGCAAACAGAUGCAGGAGUUUGUGCAGUGGAUGAACUCUGAAGAUGCCAUGAGUUUGCACCCCGUGGAAUUUGCUGCGUUGGCCCACUACAAAUUGGUUUACGUCCAUCCUUUUACAGAUGGCAACGGGAGGACGUCACGUUUGCUAAUGAACCUCAUCCUGAUGCAGGCAGGCUACCCACCCAUCACCAUCCGCAAGGAGCAACGGGCAGAGUAUUAUCAUGUCUUAGAAGUGGCCAACGAGGGCGAUGUGAGGCCUUUCAUACGCUUUAUAGCUAAGUGCACUGAGACAACGCUGGACAUGUUGCUCAUUGCCACCACAGAGUACUCUGUGGGCUUACCUGAAGCUGAUGGCAGCAGUGCUGGAUGCAAACAAACCAUCCCUGUCAAGACCUGAAGGUUGUGGGCGUUGAGAAGGCAGGGAAUACAUGGGUGAACAGGAGGCCAUGCUGCUCAGAAUUUCUGCUGGGAAGAGACUUGACAGGAGGUGUCACUCUUUAGCAUUUCAUUUAUUUAAAGCCUGUUACAUUUGGUUAAGUUAAUAUAAUUUAUUUACAGAUAUUAUGCCAAGCUAAAUUGUUGAUGUUGACUGUGUGCUGUAACUCGCCUGUGCUACAGUAAGAGGCGGGGAAAAACAUCAGAGGGGCUGAACAAACUGAAGUGGAAAUCAUUUCAUUUUUCCAUAAAACUAAGCAUUCAGAAGCUGCUUCCAUCACAGCCCUACACUAAGUCAGCAGCCUUGUCCUACCUUGUCAUGGAGCUGCUAGGUGGGACAAAGCCUUAAAAGAGUUGUUGCUCUCAUACUACCCCCUUCGUUCUUGUUCAGAACCCAAAGCCUUUGCAGUAACAGCAUGCUCCCAGCUGCAUUAGGCUGGCUUUCUCCUUCACUAUGACACAUUCAGCCAGAAAAGAUGAGGAAGAAGGCUAGCUGCAGGGUGGCAGUCGCAUUUCUCCCCUUCUGUUUCUGCUUUCAGUAGCACUCUGCAUAUUUACUUUCAGUUGCCUUUCCUAGGGUAAUGUAUGUGAAACAAAUGAGAAAUGUUUGGUUUCUGAUUACAGCCCAUGUGACUGGAACAAGACAAGAAAUGCUCUCUGACUUGUUUCACAGCAAGGUGCUCUUGGUAUGUCUUCACCAGGACAAU